AUGAGGAGGGCGGUGCGGGAGCCCUCCGGCCAGCCGGAGCUUCUGGGCAUGGAGGAGGCCAAGGCGGCGAUACGGGAAGCCAUCACCCUUCCCUUGCAGAUGGCGGACCUCGACCGCAUCUUCUGGCGCUCAGCGGAGCGCGGGGCCCUGCUGCUCAGCGGCCCCGCGGGCUCCGGGAAGCGAGCCGCCGCGGAGGCCGCGGCCAGCGAGGCCAACGCCCAGGUUCUGCACCUCGGUGCCCGCGAAGCGCAGUCCAACUUCUGCAGGACGGCGCUGGCUGCCAGCUCCACUAAGCCUGUGCUGGUGCUCAUCGAAGAUCUAGAGUCGGCUCCGGAGGCUGCCCUGAGAAUCCGACGCUGCCUGGGCGAGGUGGCCAGGGCGAAAUCCCGGGUGGUCUGUGUGGCCACGGCCGGCUCUGACCCGAGCGCCUUCCUGCAGCCCCGGGAGUCGGCGCCCCAAGCGGAAGAAAGAAGCGCCGAGCCUCGCUCCGGGCAGAUCCUGGGUGAGCAAAAGGUGGGUGACCGUUCUCAGGAAGCCGGCCUUUCGGGUGGGAACUUGAGUGACUGA